CAGAACUAGAGGCUGUUAAUCAAGAAUAGACGACAGUGAGAUAUGAACCUUUCGAAGCUUACUAAUCCUGCAGAACCGGAAGUGAAUUUCGGCGGGCUGCAGCACCGUCCUUCCCCAGAUAAUGAUCUAGUUUCAACUGGGACACAAACAGACGUCGGUACGCUGGAUAGUGACUCCAGAACCAUGUCCUCCACUGUUGCGGCAGUCGAAACUAGUGGAAGGGAUGAGUACGAGGAAUACCAUGAUGAGUACAAUGGAGAUGAAGAUAAUUACGAGAACGACAAUGAUACAGAGCUGGGUGUUGGAAGUGAUAAAGACGGUGACAGCUAUACCAGAUCAGACGCUAGAGACACGGGGUCUCAGAAAAGAAGAUCAACAGCAGAGUAUCGAACGCUAUAUCAAUUUCUACUGGAUAAAUACAAGAAUGCCAACCACACUUCAAAAGUGCUUGACGAAUUUGAGCUAUACCUCAAAAAGCUGUCAAAAUACCAACAGCUACGAAAUAACACUCUAGUUGACGCACUGAAAUUCAUAGACAAGCAUGAGAGCUUUGAGAGUAGAAGCGACCUCAGCAACACUCAGUUAGAGGAAAAACUGAUGUCGAUUCUGAGAAAUAAUGAAAGAAUGAGGCCGCUAGUGACUAAGUUGAUCGACUUAGAAAAAGUUGAAACUAGCGACGACUCGAGAGCAAACUUAAACGCAUUUCACAACCUAAUCGGGAUCAAUGAUUCUUUAUCGAGUGAUUUGGCCAUUCAGGAAAGUAAUAUAUUUCCCGAUUUGUACACCAGCAGAUACGACUUUUUUGAACUUGUCAAAAAAAACCAGCGUUACGAAAACAAAGUGAGAUCUUACCUAGAUUUGAAAGAUCAAAUCAAAUCUGAAAGUAGUGCCGAGUCGGUCCAAACAGAAGUUGAACCUCAGACACCAAGGAAAAGGGCCAAACCGUCUGCUUCCAGCUCAAAUGGAAAUGGGAUGGUUACCAGAUCUGAAGGAACAGAGAACUCUCUCAAGAUCACUAUCCAAAGGAAAAGGAGGAAGGUGGUUAGUGAACCUCGUGCUUAGUUAAAUUUUUUUUGUUAGAUUUGUAUAUGUAUAUUAUAAACUUUUAAACUUUUAAACAUCGUUUACUAUCUGUGGAAAAUUGUGAUUUCAUUCAAUGAGCGCAACUUUCUUUUUGACCUUCUUCUUUGGUUUCCUCUUCACAGGUUGAGGAGAAGGUGCUUCAAUUUUGACUUCCUGUGGAACGUCAGUUUCCUUUUCUAGUUCUUCGUUAUACUCGUUGGUGAAAGCCUCCUCGGUGGAUUCUGGAUUUUUUAAAUCAACACCAGCUAAACGUGAUAAGUCGACUAAAAAUCCUGAAUGUUUAGGUGUUUCCUUGUUUUUCUCCCCAGGGGGGUUGGUUGUGUCUGCUAAUGCAUUGUCAACUUCGUC